AUGGCAGAUUUCAACUUCAUCCCCUCUGACUCUUCAAUAUUCAUCCUAACCGGCAUCCCUGGCUUGGAAACUGCUCACAUCUGGAUUUCCAUCCCUUUCUGUACAGUCUACAUUAUGGCCCUGUUGGGAAAUUUCACAGUUCUGUUUGUUGUAGGCAAAGAGAAGUCCCUGCACAAGCCGAUGUACCUGUUGCUCUGCAUGCUGGCACUCACAGACAUCACCACAUCUACCUCCUUCAUGCCAAAGGCACUGUGUAUAUUUUGGUUCAAUUUGAAAAGCAUUACUGUGAAGGGCUGCCUCACCCAGAUGUUCCUCUUUCAUGCACUUUCUAAUGUGCACUCAGCCAUCCUUGUGACAAUGGCCUUUGAUCGCUACGUUGCCAUAUGUAACCCUCUGAGAUAUGCCACCAUCCUCAGCAAUGCACGAAUAGCUAAGCUAGGGCUAGUGUGUUUAGUAAUAGCUGUUUUCUUCCUUCUGCCCCUGCCCCUACUCCUGAGCAGGCAGCCAUUCUGUGCCAACCGCAUUAUCCCCCAUAAGUACUGUGACCACAAUGCUGUGGCAAAUAUGUCAUGUGGGGACAUUACAGUCAGUAGAGUGUACGGUUUGGUGAUAGCCUUUAUAUUCAUUGUGUGCGACGUGACGCUCAUUGGCCUGUCCUAUGGUCUGAUCAUCAGGGCCGUCCUCAGAAUCUCCUCCAAGAAAGCCAACAACAAAGCCCUUAACACCUGCUCAGCCCAUAUCUGGUUGAUACUGAUGUCUUAUCCUCUUCGACUCUUCUCCAGUCUGACAGACAGAUUUGGUCAGGGCAUUGCGCCGCACGUUCAUGUCAUCUUGUCAAAUGUCACUUACCUCAUUCCCCCCAUGCUCAACCCUAUCAUUUAUGGGGUCAAAAUCAAAGAGCUUUGUGACAAAGUGGCCAAAAACAUCUGCAGAAUUCACUCACCUCAUACUACUGAAUUUAAACCUGCAUGA